AUGGGCCCCUGUACCGCCUCCUCAUGCUGCUGCCAGGCCCGUAAUCUGCCAUGGGCCCCCGUACCGACUCCUCAUGCUGCUGCCAGGCCCGUAAUCUGUCAUGGGCCCCUGUACCCGCCUCCUCAUGCUGCUGCCAGGUCCAGAGUGUGUCAUGGGUCCCUGUACGGCCUCCCAUUGCUGCUGUCUCCAUCGCCACACUCUGCCAUGUGCCACUUUCAGGUCUCCUCACACUGCUGGUGGGUUCCAUUUUGUCAUAGGGUGCUGUAUGGCCUCCCAUUGCUGCUGCCUCCACCGCCACACUGUGGCUCCACACUCUGGUUUUGGCCCCGUGACUGCCCAAAUGAGUGAAGUGUGCGGUGAUUCUAAGAUCGACGGCACUCAUCUGCAUGUCAUACUGACUGACAGUAUUAUUUCUCUUCCCCAGCAGACUCCAAGGGCAUUUAAAUUAAAGGUACAGUGUUCUGCACUAAUAUAA